CGACUCCAGUCGGCUUUUAAGUGCAUUUUAAGGAUUACUCCUUGGAAUCUUGGUGUAAAAAGUUAACUUUAUUUAUACUUUCGUUAGUGGAUAUGAAGAUCGUUUGGUUUUUACAGUCAACGCCCCUGGACGAGUGGCAUCGCUAUAGUAAAGUUCUCACUCCCUCAGACCAGGAAAGUGUAGAACUUAUGUUGCUAUUCUACUCCAAGAAAGAAGGCAAACAAGACACUCAGAAUUAUUUAAUCUGGACGCCAAAACCAAGGGAAUAGCACGGGGAGGAACAUUUCAAAUAUGAACACUGCUGUACAGCUUUGGGACGGACAACUGUCUCUCAUAACUACACCUAUCCCUCAUGUUGCAACGCCAAAUGAGGUCCUCGUAAAGGUUGCUUUCUCGGGAAUUUGUGGCACUGAUCUUCAUAUUCUCGCUGGGGAGUUUCCAUCUUCGAAAUGUGUCAUCUUGGGACAUGAAUUCGCUGGAGUUGUGAGCGAAAUUGGGAGUGCUGUAAAGGGAAUUUCUGUCGGAGACCGAGUGGUCAUUAAUCCAAACACCAAUUGUGGUAGAUGUUCAUUUUGCCAGAAAGCUCAACCCCAUUUCUGUAAAAGUGGUGGUAUCCGUUCAACCGUUGGUAUUUGGCGUAAUGGAGGGUGGUCACAGUACUGCCGUGUACCAGUGGAAACUGUUUUUACCAUUCCACCACAGAUUACUCUUCGUCAAGCUGCCUUGGUUGAGCCCUUUUCUUGUAUUGCUCAUGGUUUUGAUCUUCUGAUGCCAUUAGCAACAACAUCUGACAUUCUUAUCUGUGGUUCAGGAAUCAUUGGACUCUUGUGGGCCUCUUUGCUUCACUUUCAUGGCUACAGAAAAGUUACUAUCAGUGAAGUUUCAGAACGGCGAAGAGGCCUUGCUAGUGGACUGAACAUGGGAUACCAAGUUGUACAUCCUGAAGUUUUGGUUCACAAUGCAAAGGAAACAAAUUUGUCAAGUGAUGGCGAAUGGGGUUUUGAUGCUGUAAUCGACUGCAGUGGAGUUCCCACAGCCAUUGAAGAAGCUAUUAAAUGGUUGCGCUGUGGGGGAAAGAUUCUUGUCUUUGGAUGUUGCCCAAAAGGCUCUUCAAUAAAAAUUGAUCCUCACACAGUUUACACCAAGGAAUUACAAAUUAUUGGGUCACACAUCAAUCCCUAUACUUUCCCCAAAGCAAUCCAGCUUGUAAAAGAUAUGGCAGAAAAAUAUUUGAAUUAUGACAAGUUGGGAAUCACUGUUUUUGAUUUGCCAAGUUACCAGUCAGCUUUAGAUGCUCUGUCAAAAGCAGAAAUUUCAAAAGCUGUUUAUGAAAUGUGAAUAGCAUUUAAUAAAUAAUCUAGAUAUUUUGAUAUUUUCUUUUAAAAUGUUAAGUUUUAGUUAUAUUUAAGAAAUUAAAAAGAA